AUGUCCAACUCCGGCCCAUCAUCUAUCCCUUCUCCUCCUCCAAAUGCAGCUACCUCUCCUCCAUCCCCUCAUGUGGCUCCACCUCCAAUCCCAAGCCAUGUAGUUGAUCCCCCUACUUCAUCUAAUAAUCAGGCCAAAUCCCCAUUGGCUCAUCUUUCCACCUCACAGCACGCUCAGGACGAUGAAGCUGGCCCCUUAGAACGACCUUCCACUAUCCCGCCUGCAGUACCUCCUCAGGGUCAUUCUUCAGCUCCUUCUUGUGCCACCGUCGAGCCUUCAACUCCUCCAGGCUCAGCCGCGGGUCCCUCAGGACCCCCUCCGCUUAGUUAUCAGAAUUAUUGUACUACCCUCCCUUCUGAGGAACAGUUAUGGUCUCAAACAGAUGUUCCCACCAGCUCCCUCAAGAUAAAAGGUCGUCUGGCCACUUUAUGGGAAGAAAGUCUGCAUCAUAUGGAUUCCUUGACUCCCCCGGCUCAGAUGGACCAAUUCGCAGAGUUGUAUGUCAAGGUUGCUGAACUAGAACUGCAACUGAAUGAUCCUGCCCAAGCUAGCCAUGCUUUGAGGGCGGAAAUAAAAGAUUUAACCAAAAAGAAGAAUAGUCUGGAAGUAUCUCUAGCCAUAACCGACCAUAAACUUAGAGAUCUCCAAGAAAAGCAAAGUCAUACUGAUAGUGUACACCAACAGAGUAUGAAUCAGCAGGCUUUAGAGCAUCAAAGAGCUAUGGACCAGUUAACUCAAAAGUUGCAUGCUGUCGAGGCUCUGGUGCAGGAUCAAGACCAAAAGUUGAAAUCGCAGGAGGCCCUUUUGAAAUCUCAAGAGACCCAGCUAACUUCCCAAGCAACCGAAUUAUCUACUGCAAGAAGUGAACUGGCUCAGGCUAGGGCAACCACAGAGGGCGUGUCAACAGCUCUGGCGAUCUACAGAGAAGGGAGAACAAUCGCUGCUUACAAAAUCGUGCUAUGUAUCUGCGUUCUCCAGAGUUUUGUGCACAGGUGGGACAUCGUUUUUCCACAUCUGCUAUCUACGGGGCGGGCGGGGCUCUGCGACAACUUCACGAGCAAGACUAUUUAA